UGUUAACUACUCUCACACUGGAAAAGUUCUUUCUAACGUUCCUGUGGUUUCCACCUGUGUCCCCUUGUUCGUGUACCUCCCGUGUUAAACGGUUUAAUCUUGUCUAUCCUGUCAAUUCCUCUUGAGAAUUUUGUAGGUAGUGAUCAUGUUGCCCCUAACUCUUCUCUCUUCCAGUGUCGUAAGGUUUAGUUUCAGUAAUCUUUCCUUGUAGCUCAUACUUCUCGGCUCUGGGACUAGUCUCGUGGCAUACCUCACAACCUUUUAUAAAGUGAAUGGUCAGAUAUUCUUAUUGAUGCACUUAACCACAUUUGCCAUAUUGCUUUCCCAAGAAUAUUUCCCCUGAUUCCUUAAUAUUCCCUAUUUUAAUUCAAAAAUGCUCAUGAUUGUGUUAUUGAUAUGAGUAUUAUUUUUACAGAAUGUGACUUGAAUUUUCAUUAAGCUGAGUAGCAUAAGGGUUAAGCUGGUUGCUCAGUCUUGUGCGUUUCUCAGGUCAUUUCUUGCAACCUGCAGUGGAUUUGGUCAAUCCCGCUUCCUUUGGGAGGUUCGGGGCUUUUGGGGCAGGUCCCCCCCCUCUCCUUGCCUUUGUAGGCAAGGAGAGGGGGACAUCUCAGAGUGGGAGACUUCAGGGAUGGUUGAAAUGACCUUGUCUCUUCGGUUUUAUCCGUGCUGUGUUGGAGAUGGAUUUUUCAGCAGUUCAGUUUAGUGAUGAAAUUCUAGGCUAUAAUGAGAGCAGCACAUUCAGUGAGGACAGCUCGGCCUAUGCAGAAUUAUAUGCUGGAAAUGCUGGGGAGGCAUUCUCACCCAGUGGAGAAUUUCCCCACGACACACAUGAUGGAGAUUUUAUAAGCAGUGGAGAAUAUCAGGAAAGCCGCACAGUUUUGGUGGAUGGAGGCGAUCACUUCGGAGUCUCCGCUGUUAGUGUCGAUAGGAAGGAAGAAUUAGUUUGGAUGGGAAACUCUGGGGGACAUGUGACAUCAUACCUAAGCACUGAUCUCAUGAAGUACACAUCAUUCCAAGUUCAUGCUUCUGAGGAAAUUCGUGAUAUUUGGACUUUUGACCUAGGAAUCCUUGCACUAACGCCAACAUCAUUAAAUAUGCGUACCAGACAAGGGUUACCUGCCUUCACGCAUCAGUCACCACAAUUAGAGAACAUGCAAUGUAUGCUCCAGUUAGGAGGCAACUUCUCCCACCGACUUCUGUUGGGAGGCCAUCAGAGUUCUAUGGUAGAGUUUGAUCUCAACUGCUUGGAGCAAACCAGAUGUCACCAAGUUGGGGAGCAAGGUUGCGUUAUUUUACGUGAUCAUCCCAGAUUUGUUUGUCAUGGCGAUCUCGCAGGAAGGAUAGUCCUUCAUGAUCCUCGAACAAUGCGUCAGGAGCACUCCUUCCAAGCCCACACUGGCAGCCUUUCAGAUUUUGAUGUACUGGGAAAUUAUAUUGCUACAUGUGGAUUCUCAAACAGGAUGGGCCAAUUGCUAGGAGAUCAGUUUGUUAUGGUGUUUGACCUUCGGAUGAUGAAGCUGUCCUUACCUUUGCGUGCUCUGGUUCCCCCCUUCCUACUGAGAUUUGUUCCAGGUCUUUCAUCAUGUCUAGCUGUUGUUUCACCAGUUGGACAAUGGCAACUGAUGGAUGCAGGGCAACCAGACAAUGCUAUUAUGAGCAUGAGUUAUCAGAUCAACUGUGUUCCCGAGAGUGGAAUUACAACGUUUGAUGUUGCAUCUUCAUCGCAAGCCAUUGUGUUUGGAGAUAGUUUAGGAUCGUUACAUCUCUUCACAUCCGGAAGUAAACCUUCAUUCAAUAAUUUCUCUCAGGAAUCUAUCAUGCCAGACUUGCCUGAACAAACUCAGACAUUGCCACUGACUGAUAAAACGACUUCAUUAGCAUCUUUGCCCAUGUAUUAUCCGACCAGUGCAUUAUUAUCUGAUUGGCCAGAGCAGUAUAUGAAGGUUCACUACAGGCCAACACCACCUGUUGAUGCAGCAAUUAUUCAAAGCAUGAAGAUUGUUGGUUCUAUUGGUUAUGCCCCGAACUUGCAUAACAAAAAAAGGAACCAGGUACCAUAUAAGUUCAGUCGUGCAAAAGGACAGAAAUCUAGUGCAAAUGAAAAUGUUUUUGGGAGAAGUGAAGAAGGAAUUGCAGUUCAUGUUCCAUGGCGAUACCGAAAAAUUGAGAUUAAGUAUGGCAAGCUUGGCAUGGAUGACUUUGAUUAUGACCAAUACAACCGAACAAGCUUUUCUGGACUUGACAUGUCUCUUCCAAAUUCCUACUGUAAUCCAAUGAUACAGAUGUUUUAUUAUAUAGCUCCCCUUCGUGCUCUGAUGAUGUCUCACUUGUGUGAACGUGAGUUCUGUUUAGUGUGCGAGCUGGGCUUCCUAUUCCACAUGCUUGAUGUCAGCAUGGGACAAGGAAUACCUUGUCAUGCUUCAAAUUUUUUGAGAGCAUUCAGAACGAUUCCUGAAGCUUCUGCCAUGGGUCUUACUCUCUCUGAUCAAGACAAUCGAGCAAAGAUUAUUUUUGCAUCAAAGAUCCAGAGUUGGAACAGGUUUGUGCUGCAACAGCUGCAUACAGAAACACUUGAGGAAAGAUUGGAUCACUCCCAUGUUGACUCCAUGGAUGAGAGAUUGUUUCAGAUGAGCUGCCAGACAAUAGACACCAGUAUGGAAGAGCAAGAACUCGCUAAAAAUGAGGCAGGAGAGAGGAUUGAAAGUCAAGACAAGAGGGAGUAUUCACCAGUAGCUGUUAUAUUUGGGUCGCAUGUGGUCAGCAUAAACAAGUGUACCCGCUGCAACCAUGAAAUCCAUAAAGACACAACUUCACUACUUGUUAACCUUACUUUCCCUGAUUCUAAUGAGGGUAGCUGUUCGUUUUCCAAAGUGGUGGAACGAAGUAUGAGUCUCGAGCAGACAAGACAGGCUUGGUGCGACUCUUGUACAAGAUAUCAGCCUAUUGAGCAAUGGCGCCGCUAUAAAACACUGCCAAAUAUUUUGGCCAUGAAUUGUGGCCUUGAUAGUGCACAAGAUAUUAAGUUCUGGAAAAGCCAGUUUGAAAUUUUGUUAACCGAUGUCUGUGAAAAGAAAAAAAAGGAAGAAAAGAGAAAUGCAGAAUCUAAAGGAGGAAAUAGUGAAAAAGAAUUAAGCAAAUCAAAUGAUAAAACUAUUCCAGCUCUUAGUGCAGGUAGUCCAUCCACACCAUCAAAGAGAUACCCAGACAGUUCGACCCUACAGCCUUCUCCCGCUCGACCUUGUAGGUACAGUCACGGGUGCACUCGUCACGAUUGUCGAUUUUGGCAUCCCGGUCGUGAAACUGGGGAAGCUGGACAGCAACCAGUGCAUGUGCUUAGCCUUCUUGACCAGACAAUGGAAUACUCGUGGGUACCACUUGGCAUGAGAGCAAAGCUUAAUGAGGAUGGCACUGUAUCACUCGCAGAUAUCCCCAAAACUGAGCUUGAAGAUGCCAAAGAUAAUGAAACAGGUGUUGUCUUUGAGCUUGUUGGUGUUGUCUCUCACAUAGCAGAUCCACGCUUCCCUGACAAAAAUAACUUGGUUGCUUGUAUCAAGGUUGGCCCCGACUAUCAUGUUCGUGCCAAAGUGUCGUCUGUUUCCCACUGGUAUCUCUUUAAUGACAUAAGCAUCCAGCCAAUAGCACAAGAAGAAGCAGUGUGGUUUCCAUGUGGUUGGAAGACUCCCUGUGUUCUCUACUGGCAGCAACGUCGAUUGGCUCCAGAGUCCCAAUCCAUAGAACCAAUUAGACCAAUAACUGUGGAUGUGUUUGGCGAAGAUAAGUCAUUGGCACAGCGUGGGAGGAAAAGGAUUACUUUUACACCACUCACAGCAGAUGAAAUGCCUGGGGAAGGAGAUUUGGUGGCUAUGGAUGCCGAGUUUGUGAACCUCCAUCAAGAAGAAGCCGAGAUUCGAAGUGAUGGCACUAGAACUACUAUUAAACCCUCACAGAAGUCUGUUGCAAGGAUUACCUGCAUAAGAGGGCAAGGCCCAUUGGAAGGCACACCUUUUCUUGAUGACUAUAUCUCAACUCAAGAACAAGUGGUGGACUAUCUAACUCAGUUUUCAGGGAUUAAACCUGGUGAUCUCGAUGCCAAUUUUUCACAAAAACAUUUGACAACCCUCAAAUCAACGUACGUGAAACUUAGAUACCUGGUUGAUAAAGGUGUGAAAUUUGUCGGACAUGGCUUGAAGAAUGAUUUUAGAGUAAUCAACAUGACAGUACCGAUGGCACAGCUGAUAGAUACAGUACAUCUCUUCCACAUGUCUCAUAAUCGAAUGGUCUCUCUUAAGUUCCUUGCCUGGCACUUUCUCAAACUGAAGAUUCAGAGUGUAACCCAUGACAGUAUAGAAGAUGCCAGGACUGCUCUUGCUCUUUAUCAGAAAUACUGUGAAUUAAAAGCCACUGGGGAUCUAGUUAUGGAGCUCCAAACAUUAUAUGAAGCUGGGAAAAAGGCGCAGUGGAAAGUUCCAGGAGAAGAAGAAGAAGAAUAGUGCACCAUAUUAAAAAAACUAAAACAUUGAAAAUGCUUGGAUUGGAUAAUGAAUGAAUGGAGGCAUAAAGUGAGCUAAGAAAAAACUUUUAGCCAAACAAUUGUUCAGGCUGAGAGAUUUUGUAGAAUAGGUAGUUUGUGGUGGAGACUACUUGUUUCCACAGCACAGUGUACAUGGAUAACAAGAAAAAUAAUCAUAAAUAUGAGAAUAUAUUUUCAUAGUACAUGGUAAUACAGAAGGGUACUUGUGCAUGAAAGGCAGUUACUAAGGUUCUUUUUAUUUUGAAGACCAGCUUUCUUUUAACCGAGAGGCAUGUUUACUUAAGAGAAUGCGAGUAGGGGUUAACUCAAAGUAUGGGUGCUACAAGUCUUCACUUCCAUUACAUCUUUGUGUACAUUCACAUGUGUAUUGUUGUAGCAUUGAAUGAAAUACUUUAACUAGAUAUAAAUUGGAAUUCAAAGGGGAGUAUUUUUUUUAAUGGAAUUUAAGUUUUUUUAAUUAAUAAAUUAAGCCAUUUAUCAGAAAUUGACAUUUUAUAUAUAGUAUUUAAAUGUUUAUGUUAACCUCUUGAAUCUCUAUCUCGCCCAUCUGUCCUAAUAAUUAUAGACAAACAAAUUUAACUCAUAAAAAGUAAAGUUAUUAUUGGAGUUACUUAAAAGUAUGAGGUUUUUAAUUCUCAGUGAUACUCUAUUUUCAAUAUUUCAUAAUUUAUGCACUCUUGCUGUAUAUAAAAUGCCUGUUACGAAGGUUUGUGAUGAAAAUCUCAAAUCUUUUGAAUGGUUAAAUUAUAUUUUUGUAGUUCAAAACUAAAUGGCAUUCACUAUUCAAGUUGCUAGUCAUAAUUCAAACCAGUGUGUCCUAUAUGCUGUGGGUAAUUUUAAAAGAUGGGAAUAAAGUGCAAAAUUGUUUUUAUUGUAUUUUAAAUGUGUAGAAUUAUGGCAUGUACUUGAAAGUGUAUCUGAAAACUUCUUUAAUUUUUGUAAUCAAAGUUCUGCAUGAUUUGUAAUAAAGUUGAAAGUAAA